GCCCCUGUGUCCCCGGAGCCACCAUGGGCUCCGUCAGCAGCCUCAUCUCUGGCCGGACCCAUCAGGAGCAGCGACACUGCCGGACUGCCAGCGAGUUCAGGUAGGGUGCUACUCAUUGGUCAUAGCCCGGGUGCCAGUCUGUUUGUGCCCUUGCUCACUCUAUUUCUGUCCUGAUCAAGACAAACAUGGCUUGAGAAUAAGUGACAAGGAGAUGGUAUGGUAGCACAAACAGAUCUGGGACCAGGCUAGUGAUUCCACCCUUACUAUGGAAAAGAGCUACUGGAAAAGUGCUGUGUACUGUAAUUCUUAUCAAUUAUUAUUAUAAAUUAUUAUUAUUUUUAUUUCAGCUCUAAGCAACGCCGUAACACCCCAACCACCAGCUGUUUCAGGCUCCAGGGUGAUAGCAACACCCUGCGCAGCGGGAGCUCCCUGGAACAACUACUGGUUAUCAACAACCAGACCCAGCUGCAGCCCACCCAGCUCCAGCCGCCGCUACUGCCCACCAAGAAGCAGCCCCGGGCGGGUAACUCUGCUGGCAGGGCUGGGUGUGUGGCUGGAGGUGGUGGUGGUAGUGGAGGGAACUAUGGGUUUGUGAGUGAGGAGGUAGUGACUGUAGGAGACUGGAAUGAUAACCAUGUGGUGACGGUCAGGAGUCCGUGUAGCGACUCGGAGGAGAAGAGGGAUACCCGAGGUCUCAACGGGAAUAUCGGCGGUCCGCCGCCCAAACUCAUCCCUGUGUCGGGAAAACUGGAGAAGGUGAGUGUCGGAGGGGGAUUCCCAAAAUGUCAAGUGGUUCCCGAGCUUGUGGUAUCUGUGUAUUCCUAAUAAGUCCUAUAGUACCCAUUUAGUCAAGAAAUGACCAUCCCAGCUUCCCUUUGGUAAUGCCCAUACAUUGUCAUUGUGUUUAUUAAUCCUAUCAUUAGUAUACUUUUUUUUUCUUUCUCAGUUGUAAGUUUCACUUGUAAAAUCCUCACUAAGCUCAUAUACAGAACAUACAGUCUAGCUAGCUAAUAAUACUUCUAUCUAAUGGUGAACGUUUCAGUACUCCCAAUUACUAGCUAUUAAGCAGCACCGGUGGUGAGGUGCUACUAGGUGACAUGUUUACCUCUGCUGUCUAAUUUGGGUAUUCAUUUCUAGUGGGAACCUUAAUCACAGCUUAGACAAUGCCGAUGAUAGAUCUUUUAACAGUCAGUCACCUCGCGCCUUAUAGUCAAUGUUAGAGCUAUCUUACAUUCUCUGACACACUUAAUGAGGGCUGAGGGAAAUCAUUAAGAAAACCGAACCUGUGUGUGGAGAGCUGUCUUUCUCUGUCUAUCUCCCUCUCUCUCUCUCUCUCUCUCUCUCUCCGUCCCUUCAUCUCUCUCUCUCUCUCUCUCUCUCUCUCUCUCCCUCUCUCUUUGUAUCUCUCAUGUCGUGACUCAAAAUCAUUAGAAAAUCUGCUUACUGGAAACCUAUAAAUAUUAAUUAAGCCAAUCAGAGCCUUCAUAAUGACCUUCCAUCCUAUCAGUGUCCCUGUCUUUAAUGGGAGGAGACCAGGCAUUCCUAAUUAACACUGCUGGUAUAAUUCACUAACAUCAGUUUCUUUUAUAUUUCUUUCCCUUUAUUUAACCAGGGGAUUCCAAUAAAGUGUUGGUCGGAGCUGUGAUACUAUAGGAUUGAAAGGGUCUUGUCUAGAUUCAUUUGACUUUGCUAUCAGGCAAUAAGGAAAAUCAUGAACAUGAUAAUAAUUCAUUAUUUAUGGUUAAAAACAACAACAAUGUUAAGAUGUAUUAAAAUUAGUUUUCUGUAAAUGCUCUUGAUACUGUAUGAAUGAUAGGAACAAUUAACAAAUAAUGUCUUCAUUAACAAAUAAUGUCUCAUUAACAAAUACUGUCUUCCAUUAACAAAUAAUGUCUCAUUAACAAAUACUGUCUUCCAUUAACAAAUAAUGUCUUCCAUUGCAGAACAUGGAGAAGAUUCUGAUCCGUCCCACCGCGUUCAAACCGGUGGUCCCGAAGAACCGCCACUCAGUGCAGUACCUCUCUCCGAGACCAGGGGGCAACCUCUCUGAGAGCCAGGGCAGCCUCAGCCUCCUCCUGCCCCUGCCUAUCAACGGGAAUAAUGGAAAUACCAUGGUCAAUAACGGGAAUACCGUGUUCAAUAACGGGAAUACCGUGGUCAAUGGCACGGGGAGCUACGGGAACGUCGUACCUCUGGUCGGCUCGUCCUCUUCCUCAGAUAGCAAGAGGAACUCGUACAGCGGAGGACGCAAUGCUCGCAGCAGCCAUUCCUGCUCUAUGUCAGACUCUGGCCGUAACUCCCUGUCCAGCCUGCCCACCCACAGCAGCACCGGCUACAGCCUGGCCCAUAGCGAGGCCUCUGGGUCGGGUUCAGGAUCUGGGGGGUCCGGGGUGGGCCUGGAGCCUGGAACUGGGAGAACCACCACCACAAACGGAGGGUCAGGGACAAAUGGAGGUCACGCCCACUCUACCUCCCACGGUCACUCAAACUCGGACAGCGGGCGGUCGUCGUCCAGUAAGAGCACUGGGUCGCUGAGCGGGCGAGGCCAGCCCCUGUCGGACAGCGGGUCGCCCCCGACCCUGGAGGGUUACGAGGGGGUGGUGAGGGACCUGGAGGAGAAGCUGAGGGAGAGAGACCUGGAGCUGCAGCAGCUCAGAGAGAACCUGGACGAGAACGAGGCCGCCAUCUGUCAGGUGAGAGGUGAUUUAAGCAGGCCUAAAGUGUUGCCUCGAGGACCAAUAUGAUCAAGCUGUUUGUUAUUCCAUAUAUACUGAACAAAUAUAAAAAUGAAACAUGCAGCAAUUUCGACGAUUUUACUGAGUUACAGUUCAUAUUGAAAUAAAUAAAUUAGGCCCUAAUCAAUGGAGUUCACAUGACUGGGCAGGGGCGCAGCCAAGGGUGAGCCUGGGAGGGCAUAGGCCCACCCACUUGGGAGCCAGGCCCAGCCAAUCAGAAUUAGUUUUUCCCCACAAAAGGGCUUUAUUACAGACAGAAAUACUCCUCAGUUUCAUCAGCUGUCCGGGUGGCGUCUUAGACAGUCGCGCAAGUGAAGAAGCCAGAUGUUGAGGUCCUGGGCUGGCGUGGUUACAUGUGGUCUGCGGUUGGGAGGCCGGUUGGACAUACUGCCAAAUUCUCUAAAACGACGUUGGAGGUGGCUGAACAUUUAAUUAUCUGGCAACAGCUCUGGUGGACGUUCCUGCAGUCAGCAUGCCAAUUGCACUCUCCCUCAAAACUUGAGACAUCUGUGGCCUUGUGUUGUGUGACAAAACUGCACAUUUUAAAGUGGCCUUUUAUUGUCAGCAGCACAAGGUGCACCUGUGUAAUAAUCGUGAUUUUUAAUCAGCUUCUUGAUAUGCCACACCUGUCAGGUGGAUGGAUUAUUUGGGCAAAGGAGAAAUGCUCACUAACAGAGAUGUAAACAAAUUUGUGCCCAAAAUGUGCAAGAAAUAAGCUUUUUGUGCAUACAGAACAUUUCUGGGAUCUUUUAUUUCAGCUCAUGAAACAUGUGACCAACACUUGACAUGUUGUGUUUAUAUUUUUGUUCAGUGUAUAUAUUUGAGUAAUAGUGCUGGCUCUCAGUUUGACCUCUGGAUGUGGUAUCUACAGUGGGGGGAAAAAUAUUUAGUCAGCCACCAAUUGUGCAAGUUCUCCCAGUUCAAAAGAUGAGAGAGGCCUGUAAUUUUCGUCAUAGGUACACGUCAACUAUGACAGACAAAAUGAGAGAAAAAAAAUCACAUUGUAGGAUUUUUAAUGAAUUUAUUUGCAAAUUAUGGUGGAAAAUAAGUAUUUGGUCAAUAACAAAAGUUUCUCAAUACUUUGUUAUAUACCCUUUGUUGGCAAUGACACAGGUCAAACGUUUUCUGUAAGUCUUCACAAGGUUUUCACACACUGUUGCUGGUAUUUUGGCCCAUUCCUCCAUGCAGAUCUCCUCUAGAGCAGUGAUGUUUUGGGGCUGUCGCUGGGCAACACGGACUUUCAACUCCCUCCAAAGAUUUUCUAUGGGGUUGAGAUCUGGAGACUGGCUAGGCCACUCCAGGACCUUGAAAUGCUUCUUACGAAGCCACUCCUUCGUUGCCCGGGCGGUGUGUUUGGGAUCAUUGUCAUGCUGAAAGACCCAGCCACGUUUCAUCUUCAAUGCCCUUGCUGAUGGAAGGAGGUUUUCACUCAAAAUCUCACGAUACAUGGCCCCAUUCAUUCUUUCCUUUACACGGAUCAGUCGUCCUGGUCCCUUUGCAGAAAAACAGCCCCAAAGCAUGAUGUUUCCACCCCCAUGCUUCACAGUAGGUAUGGUGUUCUUUGGAUGCAACUCAGCAUUCUUUGUCCUCCAAACACGACGAGUUGAGUUUUUACCAAAAAGUUAUAUUUUGGUUUCAUCUGACCAUAUGACAUUCUCCCAAUCCUCUUCUGGAUCAUCCAAAUGCACUCUAGCAAACUUCAGACGGGCCUGGACAUGUACUGGCUUAAGCAGGGGGACACGUCUGGCACUGCAGGAUUUGAGUCCCUGGCGGCGUAGUGUGUUACUGAUGGUAGGCUUUGUUACUUUGGUCCCAGCUCCCAGGAUUUUUGCUCACCGUUCUUGUGAUCAUUUUGACCCCACGGGGUGAGAUCUUGCGUGGAGCCCCAGAUCGAGGGAGAUUAUCAGUGGUCUUGUAUGUCUUCCAUUUCCUAAUAAUUGCUCCCACAGUUGAUUUCUUCAAACCAAGCUGCUUACCUAUUGCAGAUUCAGUCUUCCCAGCCUGGUGCAGGUCUACAAUUUUGUUUCUGGUGUCCUUUGACAGCUCUUUGGUCUUGGCCAUAGUGGAGUUUGGAGUGUGACUGUUUGAGGUUGUGGACAGGUGUCUUUUAUACUGAUAACAAGUUCAAACAGGUGCCAUUAAUACAGGUAACGAGUGGAGGACAGAGGAGCCUCUUAAAGAAGAAGUGACAGGUCUGUGAGAGCCAGAAAUCUUGCUUGUUUGUAGGUGACCAAAUACUUAUUUUCCACCAUAAUUUGCAAAUAAAUUCAUUAAAAAUCCUACAAUGUGAUUUUCUGGAUUUUUUUUCCUCCAAUUGUCUGUCAUAGUUGACGUGUAGCUAUGAUGAAAAUUACAGGCCUCUCUCAUCUUUUUAAGUGGGAGAACUUGCACAAUUGGUGGCUGACUAAAUACUUCUGUAUAUGUAACCUCUAACCCCUGACCUCCUGUGCUGUAGGUAUACGAGGAGAAGCAGCAUCGCUGUGAGAGAGAGCUGGAGGAGCUGAGACAGAGCUGUUCCUCUAAGAUGAAACAGGCUUCACAGAAGGCCCAGAGAGUACAACAGGCCUUACAGCUACAGGUAACAGACAGAGAUACUUUAGUCAACUUAGUUUGGGAAGCAGGGCCCUGCUUUGUGUGACAGGUAUUGUUGCAUGUUACAUAAAAAACGAUUCUUGUUAUUGUUUAUUACGGUAUGAUAUGUUGCUUCUGUUUUGGUAGUGUCUCUUCAUUUACGGACUGUCAAAAUGUCACCCUAACUGUCUGUGUCUUUAUUUCAGGUGUUCCAGCUGCAGCAGGAGAAGAAGAAGCUUCAGGAGGACUUCUCCUCUCUGCUGCAGGACAGGGAAGUGUUGGAGAGGAGGUGUGCCUCCAUACAGAGAGAGCAGACACAGCUGGGACCACGCCUAGAAGAGACCAAGUGGGAGGUGGGUGGGUCAGGGUUGAUUCAUGUACACCAUUUAAAAGUAAGUGAUCUCACAAAAUAUUAAUUCUCCCUCCCUCUCUCAUUUCCUCCUUCCUACCCUCCCUCCCUCCCUCCCUCCUCCAGGUGUGUCAGAAAUCAGGUGAGAUCUCCCUUUUGAAACAGCAACUGAAGGAGAGCCAGUCAGAGCUGAGCCAGAAAGGUGGGGAGCUGGUGGUCCUGAAGUCCCAGCUGAGAGAGGUCAGGUCCGACCUCCAGAACAGCCAGGCUACGAGCCAGGAGGCUGGGUCGGCCCUACGAACACGCUCCCUGGAGCUGGAGGUCUGUGAGAAUGAGCUCCAGCGCAGGAAGAGUGAAGCCGAGCUGCUCCGCGAGAAAGUUGGACGCUUGGAGGAAGAGUUGGCCCGCCUCCGAGAUGCCCUGGCCAAUCAGGGAGGAGGUUAUCUUCCUGGAGGCCAGGCACCGGCCAAUAACAGCCAGUGUAUGAGCCUGCCCCUCCCCCAGGGGUGUGGGGGUGUGGGGGGUGGAAGUGGGGGCCCCAGCCCCACUAUGGGGUACCGAGAGGCAGAGGAGGGGAGGCUGGGGUGGGGAGGGGAGAGUGAUGAAGCCAAGGCUCAGAGGCAGAGUGCUGAAGCUGUGCUGGGACUCAGGCAACAGGUGAGCUCCAACAACAAUGUUUAUACUUUCUUUAAGUCUCAUAUCACACCCCAUUCCUCACACCAUUGCACUAGUUUCUGUGGUUUCUCUACUGGUGUUCAGACAGUAAAACUUGCACUGUUGUGUCCAAAAUACAUGUUAAAACCACACACUUAGAAAGACAAUGACCGACCUUGUUUCCAUCAUUUUUUUAAAUUUUCAUUACAGAAUAGUGCUUGAAUAAUACGUAUUUUUUGUACUGCUCUGUUGUGUAUUGUUGUUUUAACAUUGUGAUAGAACAACUUUAUAUGGAUUUUGAAAUGAUCAAAUACAUUCCACUAAUCAGUUAAUCAACCAAUCAAUCAAUGUGUUGUGUGUCAGGUGGAGAGGCUGAGGGCAGAGCUGAUGUACGAGAGGAGGAGCAGUGAGGAGCAGCUGGGAGGAUUCGAGGAGGAGAGGAGGGUCUGGCAGGAGGAGAAGGAAAAGGUGAUCCGCUACCAGAAGCAGCUGCAGCAGAGCUACAUCCAGAUGUACAGGAGGAACAGAGAUCUGGAGAGGGUGAUGAGAGAGCUCAGUCUAGAGCUGGAGAACAGAGACGUGGAGGACUACGACGUCCACAGCGGCAGCAACGACAUACACUUCGAGGAAAUCACCGCUACUGAGAUCUAG